CACAACAGCUACAUUGAACAUUCCUGUUUAAGACUUCAGUUCACAUCUCUGUUUUAAGUACAACAUUUCCAUUUCAGUUACCAGCCGAAACUGGCUCACGUGCAUGUGUGCGUGCGCUCACGCUCACAUGCUUCUCACUUCUCUGAGUAUAGAGAAUAUCUCUCCAUUACAUAUAGAAUAUAUGUUAUGGAGUUGCUGACAUCCUGGCAGCUGAAGUGAAUCAUCAUUUAAGACACACCACGCCUAUCGUGGCUUCCCCUACGGCGUCUAUAAAUGGACCCAGCUGCACAGAGUACAUUUUGAUUUGAACUGGUCCCAAACGGCCUCAAGGUGGAGAGAUAUUCUCUACUCAGAGAGCGAGGGUUACCCUGUAACCCAACAUUCUCUUUCUUAUGAGAAUAUCUCUCCAUUACAUAUAGAAUAUAUGUUAUGGGACUCUGUAAGACACACCGUGAGGGUACUAAGAAGACAGAGCAGACGCCACUCCUUUAGCAACUCCCUCUGAUAUUUUCGAAUGAGACGUCACCGCCACCAGGUGCACAAACAUACAAAAAACACAGUGUGUGCAAAUCACCCAAGAAAUAUAUACAGUUAUACACCCCACACAGGAAGGGGUCAGUGACACCGCCAUGACGCCACCUGAGCAAAACAAGCCCUGCAAGACGCAAGGGCUGGGUGUGAGGAAGAGGUCACUCAGAUGGCCAGCACCCUGCUAGACCACUGACAAAAACUUGGCACACCUGGCCUGGCUGGUCUUUGAAAAGGUGCUUGGGUGAAAACAUGCCUUUGCUGUACUCAAAAACAAAGCAAAAACAACUGUUAGUGUGUUUAUGCACCUGGCUGCUUUCACAGCCAGUGAUAAACAUACAAUUUGGCUGAGGGGUCAUUUCAUUAGUGAGCAGAGAAGGAGAAAGACCUGCAACAAAAUGAGGAGGCGUUUCAGAGACAAAGAGGCAUUAGAGAUCGUAAUGCAGCCUUCAUCUGACAGCGAGCUGCAGGAUUCCUGGGGAGUCUGACACAGAAGGCUCACUGGAGUCCUCCACUUCGGUGAGUGCCUCUGACCCAUCAUCUGAGAGCGAAGAGGACACUCAGGAUCCUGUCCGUAAAAAUGAGUGGACAGCAAGGAGCGGGCAAGUCUGGGCUCCAUCUAAAGCUGAGAUGCUGCGCUACAUGCAGGCACCCACCGGCAUGAUGCCAGGGCCCACAAAAUAUGCCAUAUCAAGAAUACAUGAAGGAGCAUGAUCAUUCGACCUAUUCUUUACUCCUAGCAUGAUCCAGUUCGUUGUACAAAUGACAAAUUCAUACGGGAGGCGUUCAGUGUCAGGAUGGAGUGAUGUAGAUGACAAAGAGAUUCGGAACUACAUUGGUCUUCUCAUCCUGGCAGGUGUCUAUCGAUCGAAAGGGGAAUCUACCCGCAGCCUGUGGGAUGACCAAAAUAAGAAAAUAACUUGUGACAAUUUUUUCACCUCCUUUUCGCUUGCCCAGGAGCUUCUGAGGAAGAAAGUGGCUCUGGUAGGGACCAUCAGGGCAAACAAGCCUGAGCUUCCCCUCAAACUGAAGAAGACAAAAAAGAGAGCUGUCUUCUCCUCUUUGUUUGCAUUCACAACCACCACCACAGCAGUGAGCUACAUCCUGCUGCGGGGAAGAAAUGUCCUCCUGCUGAGCACCAAACACCGGGAGCCAGCUGUAAUACAAGGUGAUAAGCAGAAACCCCAAAUUAUCGUCACCUACAAUUGCUGCAAGGGUGGUGUGGACAACCUUGACAAGGUGGUCAGCACCUACAGCUGUAGGAGGCGGACUCGUCGCUGGCCUCUUGUUCUCUUCUUCAACUGCAUUGAUGUUUCUGCCUUCAAUGCUUUUGUGCUCUACACUGCUGUAGAUCCUUUCUGGAACCAGCAAAGAACCUACAAACAGAGGUUGUUCCUAGAGGAGCUGGGGAAAUCCAUGGUGUCCUCGGAAAUUGUGAGGAGAACCCACCCCCCCAUGUACAGCAGCUGCUGCUGCCAUUGUGGAGGGGUUACAGAACCCAGUUGCGGAGAAGUGUGUGCUACUUGUGCAGAGGCCUGAAAAAGAGGUCUUCCACUACCUGUACUUCCACUAGGGAGCACCAGGUCACAUGCUGUAGGACCUGCUGGUCUGCUGCUGAAAAUUAGCUGCAAGCAUGCAGGAGCACACAUGCAUGCACAAAUGC